AUGGUUUCCUUCGUCAAGAGUGUCCUCCUUCUCAUCGUUGUUGGAGUAGCUGUGGCUAUAUCUUCUGAAGAUGAGCAGGAAAUAAUCACCCGGGAUGUAUGCAUCAUCGGUGGCGGCUCGUCGGGAACCUACACUGCAAUACAACUGCAUGAUGCUGGAAAGAGUGUUGUCGUUGUCGAAAAGGAAGACGCCCUGGGGGGGCAUACUAAUACGUAUAUCGACCCGGCAACAAACUUGACGGUUGAUUACGGUGUGAUAAUCUUUCAUGACCUGGAUAUUGUCAAAACUUACUUCAAUCGCCUCGGCGUGGCUUUUAAAAAAGCAUCAACUCUAUCGUCAGCGUCAUCGUUCGUUGACAUCAAGACCGGCGAAGCCGUCCCUACCUACAUCCCUCCCGACCCAACCAAUGCUCUCAUCGCAUACGGCCUACAAGCAGCCAAGUAUCCCGAACUGGAGGCUGGCUUUUACCUGCCGAACCUAGUGCCUAAUGACCUGCUGAUGCCUUUCGGGGACUUUGUAGCGAAGUAUAAUCUUGGUGAUGCGGUUCCUACUGUUGCCUCUUUCGGCCAAGGGCUCGGAGACAUUCUCAACUUGCAGACAUUGUACGUCUUUAAGAACUUUGGCCUGGAUGUCCUGCAUAAUCUCCAAGUCGGUUUUCUGGACACUGUCGGCAACGACAAUCACAAAAUUUAUGACAAAGCUCAACAAGUGCUGGGGUCCGAUGUGCUCUUACAGAGUAAAGUAAUCAGCACCGACCGGAGCGCUGAUAAUCACCUCAAGGUCAUUGUUAGCGGGCCCUCAGGCACUAAGACAAUUCAUGCGGGAAAGCUAUUGAUCUCAAUUCCCCCUAAACUGGAAAAUCUGCAUAGCUUCGACCUCGAUGAGAGAGAGCGCCAUCUCUUUAGUAAGUUUGUCAACACAGGGUACUAUACAGGCUUGGUCCGCUCCACAGGUCUGAAGAACAUAACCAGCAUCCAGAAUAUCGAUCCCGACACACCGUACAACCUGCCUCAGCUCCCUGGACUCUACGGAAUAUCUGCGACAGCCAUUCCUGGUCUGUAUGAUGUCAAGUAUGGCAGCCCCAUUGGCCUACCGGACGAGGUUAUCAAAGCCGACAUCAUCGCCUCCAUUAAACGACUCCAGAAAACUGGGAUUGCAACUUCAGAAGAGGAGCCGAAGUUUGUGGCUUUCAAAAGCCAUGCACCAUUCGAGUUGACUGUGUCGACCGAUGAGAUCAAAUCUGGAUUUUACACGAAACUGUACGCGCUUCAGGGCCACCGGAAUACUUUUUAUACCGGGGCUGCGUUCCAUACGCAGGACUCGUCGCUUCUGUGGCAGUUUUCAGAAGCGCUGCUCCCCCGGCUGAAAAAUUAG